UAUAAGUCUCUCCCAUCUUCUGUCUCCUCCCUAUGACAGGAUCUCCUCUAGAUCUCAUCUCGCCUCAAUAGAAAUGCAAGUCUCAUAACUUGUCUUCUCCCUUUGAAAGCUUGAGAAGUGAUCCAUCGUCCUAGUGUGGAAGGAAUCAUCUCAAGCUUCGCACUUGACUUACAGAGAAAAAGGAAUUGGAGGAAGAAGCUGCCGGAGCCAGAGGUAGCAAUCACAUUGCAUCACCAGGUUGAUCAUCAACCAAAACAUCAUAGAGCUCUUUGGAUCCGGCAAGGCGAGUAACAUGGAGGUCGUGACUGGGGCUAUGAGCACCCUCCUGCCCAUCCUCGGCGACCUGCUCAAGGAGGAGUACAACCUGCAGAAGCACACCAGGGGUGAGAUCAAGUUCCUCAAGUCAGAGUUGGAGAGCAUGGAGGCUGCCCUCAUCAAGGUUUCUGAGGCGCCACUGGACCAGCCGCCUGACAAACAGGUCAAGCUCUGGGCGAGGGAUGUCAGGGACCUGUCCUAUGAGAUUGAGGACAGCGUUGACAAAUUCUUGGCAUGCCUUGAGUGUCGGCAGCAAAAGAGGCCUCACAGCUUCAUGGGUUUCAUUCACAGAAGCAUGGACAUACUGACAAAGGGCAAGAUCCGACACAAAAUAGGCAUUGAUAUCAAAGACAUCAAGAGCCGCAUCAUUCAUAGAAGCGGAAGUUCAUUAUGAUGCCAGUUUUCAUCCAAGGCCCUAAGCAACCCGGCAACGACAUUGAU